GUGAAACUGGAGCGGAAACUCGGAGUCACUUCAACAUGGCGGCGCCGUAGCAAGACUUGAGAACAACAACUGAGAUACUGGAAGAAAUUGGGAAACGGCAGGAUUGGAAAGCGGCCAGCCUGGAUAUCGAGUCACUGGUUUUGCUUUUAAGAUGUUCACACGUCAGCUUAGCUAAGCUAACAGUUGAAACCUUUUUGGCCAACAGAGCGAGUUCAGCGUAGCGUCCGAGUGGAUCUGUGAGGACGCAGCAUCCAUCUGAUCUGCACUGCUGACUUCAGCCUGCAACUCCAGUGAUGUCACUUGUAGAUCCCAUGUCUGAUACCACACCAUUCUUCUCUGAUGACAACGAGGGGGAAGGGUCUGCUGAAAAGGAUGACAGGCCUUCACCUGAGCAGGAAGAGGACUCCCCUAGUGGGCUGUCCCAUAUACGAGCACAUCUGACUGUAGUAGUGCUCUGCUACAUCAACUUGCUUAAUUAUAUGGACAGAUUCACUGUAGCAGGUGUGCUUCCUGACAUUGAGCACUUCUUCAACAUCAGUGAUGGAAAAUCAGGGCUGCUUCAGACUGUCUUUAUCUGCAGCUACAUGAUCCUGGCUCCUCUCUUUGGUUACCUGGGAGACAGGUACAACCGGAAGAUGAUCAUGUGUGUGGGCAUUGGUUUCUGGUCAGUGGUCACUCUGGCUAGCUCCUUCGUUGGCAAAGAUUAUUUUUGGGCAUUGUUGUUGACGCGGGGUCUGGUGGGGGUGGGUGAAGCCAGUUACUCCACCAUUGCUCCCACCAUCAUUGCUGAUCUUUUCAUCAAGGAGAAAAGAACCAACAUGCUGUCCAUCUUCUACUUCGCCAUCCCUGUAGGCAGUGGUCUGGGCUAUAUAGUGGGAUCUGCAGUGGAUAAUCGUGCAAAAGACUGGCACUGGGCCCUGCGGGUUACCCCUGCUCUGGGCCUGGUGGCAGUCUUGCUGUUGGUGUGUGUUGUUAAAGAGCCCAAGCGUGGUGCUAUUGAAGCCCGACCUGAACACACCCUGCAGAGGACCGGCUGGCUUGCUGAUAUGAAGGCCCUCUGCAAAAAUAAUAGUUUUGUUCUGUCGACGUUUGGCUUCACGGCGGUGGCAUUCGUCACAGGCUCACUAGCUCUGUGGGCUCCUGCUUUCCUUUUUAGAGCUGCAGUCUUCACUGGUGAAAAACAGCCUUGUGUUGUUGAGCCCUGUGACACCUCUGACAGCCUGUAUUUUGGGAUCAUCACAUGUGUGACGGGAGUUUUAGGGGUGGCGAUGGGUGUAGGAGUCAGUCAGUGGCUGAGGAAGAGAACGCCACGAGCUGACCCACUGGUGUGUGCUGCUGGACUCCUGCUGGCUGCCCCUUUCCUUUAUCUGUCGAUCAUCUUCGCUCAGAAAAGCACUGUAGCCACAUACUUCUUCAUCUUUUUUGGUGAGAUGUUCCUCUGCAUGAACUGGGCGAUUGUGGCAGACAUUUUGCUGUAUGUUGUGGUCCCCACACGGCGGUCCACAGCAGAAGCUUUCCAGAUUGUUAUCUCACACCUGCUGGGAGAUGCAGGGAGUCCCUACCUCAUAGGGGUGGUGUCAGAUUCACUGAAACAGGCAGAUUCCUACAUGUGGCAGUUCCGCUCUCUGCAGCUUUCUCUCCUGCUCUGUUCCUUUGUGGCUGUGGUGGGCGGAGCCUUUUUCCUGGCCACUGCCCUCUUCAUUGAAAAAGACCGGCAAAUCGCCGAGAACUAUGUUCAAGCAGAUGAUGCACCCAUCAUUGUCCCUAAAAGAGGAAGAUCCACCAAGGUCCCGGUGUCAAGUGUCUUAAUUUGAUGGAAGGGGUGUUGUGAAUCUAGGGAAUUCCAGCUUCAUAGGCCAAAGUAGAUGGACAUAGCUGAUGGCUGGGCCUGGAAUAACAUGGGAAGAAUAGAACCACUGAUUGGACUGUCUCCUCUGCAGGGAUUUUUAUGAUUAUUUAUUUUGCUUGUAAUAUUUGUUAUUAACACUUCUGUCAGUUUGGGAGAAUUACCUGCAAGAAGUGUAAAGGGGCACUUCUGAAGGACUCGCGGUUUUAUAGACCUCAUGUACUGAUGGUCAUUCAGCAUUUCACUAAGGACCCCUGUGUUUCCUUCCUGGUUGAAAGCUGAUGACCGAGGACUUUUCAAAAAUGUAUGCAGAUGACAUCAACUGAUUAACAUCAGUUUUAUGGUCAGCCCUCUCAAGUUAACUUCAUGUCUGCAGUGUUCUUAUAAGACAUACAAAUACAGUUCCUGUUGAUUUUAUAAUUUAACUCAUCUUAAAGGCCUGUAAGAUUGAAAGGUGCAUAGAAAUCAAACACUACCCCUAAAAUCAUUCAGCAGAAAUGAGGCUAGCUUUUAUUAUGCUGAUUAAUAAAACAAACACUGUUUCUGAAUAAGACACAUUCAGUGGAGCUGACAGGUUCCGGGAACAGACUAUUUUGCAGAUGUCUUGCUCUUAAUUGUCUGAAGAAAAUCAUUCCUUUUUGAUUUUUUUGUGAGGACGGUUAUAGAGUACCAAGUGUUUAUUUUGAAAAAGCUGUAAUUUGGGGAGUAAUUUUUACGUUUGAAAACGCUAAGUUUUAUUCAUCUUUUUUUAAUUAAAUAUGUUUAAGAUUAUACAUGUAUAUUUGUGCAUUAUAAUAUUUUUUAUCUACUUUUCUACUUCAGCUACUCUGAGCAGUUGCUGUGGUUGAUGUCGCUCCUUAGCAACUCAUGUUUUAUAUUUAUCUACUGAUCCAAUUCUGCAUAGUAUUAAAACUCUUGGUAAUAGUGUUACAUAAUUUAUUGACAGUCUUUAUAUUACUGGGGCUGGGAAUAAUUGCAGCUACUAGUACUUUUUUCCUUCUCUGUCCUUAACUCUCACUGUCAUUUCCUAUGCUUCUCUCUCGCUCUCGCUCUCUCUCUUUCGCUCUCUCCAUUUCUCUUUCUCUGAUGAGUGAUGUUGUCUUCAGUUGCUGUGGUUUCCUGUUUGUAGGUGGGAGAGACAGGUUCGGUAAAUUUCUCACUACACUGCAAAUUGGUCUCGCAACAUGCAAAAAUGAAAACAGCUCGACCGCUCCAGGCAGUAGUAGUCUACUACCGGCUGGCAGUUUGUGCAACUGCAUUCGUGUGAGUGUGAAAAUGUGUGUGCGUACAGCUAAAUGCCAUGUGUGUGGGAGGUGAGAUGUAGGGGUUAUGACUGAACAGCUAUCCGAGAUUGCUGUUAAUCCUUAACUUCGCACAAGGAAAUCUUGAUUGGUACCCAUAAAAAAAACUUUUUUUAAAUUUCCUUACAAGGAGAAUGAGAAAAGCUACUUUAUUGCUGUAGUAAUUUCUGCUUACUUCAUGUUUAUUCCGUUUCAGGAACAUAGAGGUUUUUUUAUCACUAAACAAAUGGAAGCCACACACAAUUCUGUGUCCUGCAGGCAGUGGUCAUACAUGAGCAUGUCCAAGACAGAACACUGAAAGAAAAGAGAGAAAUAAAUGACUUGAAAAGGGGGCAAUGUGGUAAAAGAAUAGUAUCCCAAUACCUAGACAUUUUCAUGAUGUAUGGAUCCUACUCAAGUCCCACAGGGGAUAUAAAACAAUUAAGUAUUCCGACCUUACAUAUUUACAGUGAUAAUGUUUUUUUUCUCUCUAUGUAAGCCCAAAGCAUUAACUAAGAUGGUAAUAAACUAAAUUAAUGCAAAA